AUGGCCGAAGAGGCGCUCCCAGCCCCCGCACGGUACACGAGGGAUAUACUAGAGAGCGAGCAGCGCUCAAACUACCAGAAGCAGAUACACCGCAGGUGGAGUCCAGGGGAUGUGUAUGCGCCGCACGACUUGUCGGGGCCCGAGCAGAAGAAGUGGAAGACGGGGCGGAAGACGCCGCAGAGCGAUGCAUUUGACACGCUGGGCAUCAACCCGGUGAAUGAGUACAAGAACUUCACCAUGAUGUCGGAGUACAUGACCGAGAUGGGCCGGAUAAAGCACUCGCAGGACACUGGCCUGCGACCGAAGAACCAGAGAAAGAUCGCAAAGGCCAUACGGAGAGCAAUUGGGCUGGGUCUGAUGCCCAGCGUGCACAGGCACCCGCUGGUGCUGAAGAAGAGCUCGCCGACCCGGUUCUUGUAG